AUGAGCGGAACAAAUCCCAACUUUGAGGAGCUGGCCGCAAAGUCUGAGCAGCUUGCAGCGGCCAAAGGACGACGCCUUUCCCAAGCAAGCAAACCUUUUGUUAAUCAGAUACCUAUUCCCUCAGUCCCUGUCGUGGGUCCUCCUGCUGAAGGCUCCUACUACUGGAUCCCAUUGCCUACAGUUUUGCAUCAAGGAAUUCAUCCUCAAUUGCACUAUAGUAACAGAAAUGUAGCCCCCUACAAUCUGGGGCGAAUCAGAGAGCAUGGCCCACAUGCGCAGCGACCGGACUUGCCCCCUCCCGCAGUACUUGCUCGAAGGCUUUCAGCGCCGGGGCGCCUAGCGGCUCUUGCGGACCCUCGCCCUUCCCAUGAUAACCGACCUGGUGCCGUUGAGCCGACAAGUAUGGGUCAGAGCGCAUAUAUCCCCGGGCAACGUCGCUUUUCCCUGGCUGCACCUAUGAUGACAGGAAAUCCCUAUUUUCUUGCAUAUUCUCCUGCGGCGGAGAAUCCAUACGCUCCGACAUACAGGCGCUAUUCCAAUGCUGGACCUGCUCUUUUACUGCCAUACGAACCAACUCGUACUCUUACAGCUCCUGCCGCAGUAAAUUCGAAGCGCAGAACAAGCAUACGGCAAUCUCACCCGACGUCCACGCCGAAUGGAGAAGACACUAUUCAACAACCAACGGAAAAGAAAUCAGCAAUUUUAUUUACAGAAAAACAGGCAGUAGAAGAAGUCAAACUCAUCGAGACGGCAAAAGGAUGGAAGCUCCAAGCCAAAUUACCAGGUUUCACAAAGCACGACUUGUGCGUGCUACUCAUUCAUGACCCGCAAGUAGCCCGGCCCAACGGUGAUCCAAAUGAUCCUCUAAUACUACCAGUGGCGGCCGCCCGGGGCGAUGGUGUCCGUAAUUGUGCAAUCUACCUCGAGGCUAUGCGGAUCACGACAUGGACUGACAAAAAGGGCCAACCUCAUAAGCAGGUAACUAGUGCACAAAAGAUUGUCCCACUUGGAAGCAACCCUGCGUUGAUCGGGUCGCUGUGGGUUGGUGAUAUGGUACAAGAUGUUGUUCAUAUAGGUUUGGAUAAGGCCUAAGCUAUCAGUAUCUCGGGAUGAUACUACGGUGGUAUAGUUUAGAUAGAUGAGCAACUUGUGUAUUUUUGGCAGUUAGUUAGGAUUAGACCGAAUUGUACACGUCGUUGAGCCUACACAGAAGUACAUCUGCCUUUCGCGUUCUCAUCCUUCCUUGUCCUACGG